AUGUACUCCGAGCGUGAGGCUGCACGAGUAUACACAAACGCACCAAAGGCCCCAACUCGUGUCAUGUCACAGCAAAUUUUUGCCGCCAUAUUGACCGACCCUCGGUCGACCCUCGUCCAGGCUUGUACGGAGAUUACCAUGCCACCUGUACGGAGACGGAGGACGCCCAUUACUUACGGUACGAGUUCGGAGACUUGCUUCCUCCAACGAGGCCACGGAGCGAAUCCAUCCCGACCAAGCCAUACCACCAGAGCUCCUGGUCUCAUGGCUCCCAUCUCCCUCAGCCUUGAAUUCACCCAAGUACACGACGACGACGACGACGACACGUCCCUCCUCGCCUCCGACGUCACUCGCCUUCGACGUCACUCGCCUCCGACGUCCCUCGUCUUCGACGUCCCUCGUCUUCGACGUCCCUCGUCUUCGACGUCCCUCGUCUUCGACGUCCCUCGCCUUCGACGUCACUCGCUCCGACGUCACCCUCGGCCCUCCUGCAAACCCCCACGCUGGCACGCCCUGGCAACCGCCACCAUGGACACGCACUCGCACGCCGGCCACACGUCGGGCAUGGGCAUGGACACCAACUACGCCUUUGCCGACGACUUUUGGUACCUCGUGGCCGCCGUCGUCGGCCUCUUGGUCCUCAUCCGAGCCGUCAACCACGUCGGCGCCCGCCAGAGGCAAGCAGCUCGACCACCUCCCUCACCCCGUGCCCUGCUGACGUGUCCCAGGUCCAAGGCGUGCCGCGGUCCGCAUCCUGAGCGGGCGACCCGUCCCGACGGUCGAGCCGGCCAGGCGUGGGCCACGGCCACGGCCUUGGUGCGCGAGCUCGGCCAUCCGCAGCUCUACGUGCCGAUCAAGGGCCUCCGCUGGGCCACGCCGCCCCCGCUCGGCCGUGUGCUCGUCCUGCUCGCCUACUGGGCCGUCAUCGUCUACUUCAUGUCGUGGAGGGUCGUCGUCGACGACGCCUUCUACUGGGAGCGCAUCGGCUACCGCGUCGCCUGGGUCACCCUCACCCAGCUGCCCUUGCUCUUCCUCCUCGCCAUGAAGGUGAAUCCCGUCGGCUGGCUCAUCGGCUCGAGCCACGAGCGCCUCAACUGGCUGCACCGCUGGGUCGCCCGGACCAUGCUCGUCACCGCCACCGUCCACGGCUUUCACUUCUGGACCGAGUGGGUCCGCGCCGACUUUGUCGAGUACCAGCUGUCGGCCAUGCCCAUCGUCCGGUACGGCCUCGGCGCCUGGGGUCUGCUGCUCUGGUCCGUCGUCGUCGGCUUCCUGCCCGUCCGCCGGCUGGCCUACGAGCUGUGGCUCGCCCAGCACGUCGUGACGUCCGUCGUCCUGCUGUACCUGCUGUACCGACACAUCCCGGCCAACGCACGUUAUCUGCUCUGGAUGUCCAUCGCCUUCCUCGUCUUCGACCGUGCCGCGAGGUGGCUGCUCCUGCUCUGGCGAAACACGGCAUGGACGACGCGAGGAUCAUCAGCCUGCGACGCGAGACGCCGCGUCGGACACACCAUCUCGCUGCGGACCAUGGGCGACGCGACGACCGUCGUGACCGUCAAGGACGUCCACUUCCCCUGGCGCGCCGGCCAGCACGUCUACCUUUGGGUCCCGCGCCUCGGGCCCCUCGAGGCGCACCCCUACACCAUCGCCUGCGCCCACCGCGUCGAGGGCACCUGCUGCUGCAGCAGCAUCCAGCUCAUCGUCCGCGAGCACAAGGGAUUCUCCCGCCGCCUCCGCGAGCGCGCCGCGAGACACCCCGACAGGACCCUCACGGCCUUUGUCUCCGGGCCCUUUGGCGCCCCUCCGCGCUGGGACGCGUACGAGACGCUCGUCCUCAUCGGCGCCUCGACGGGCGCGAGCUUCGCCAUCCCCGUGCUCGAGUGCGCCGCCGCCGCGACGGAGCGGACGUGCGUGCGGAGGAUCGAGGUCGUCCUGAUUGCGAGGACGGCCGACGAGAUUGCCUACUUUGUCGACCGAGCAAAGGAGGCGGCGCUCGAGGCGCGCGCCAAGGGCGUCGAUGUGCGCCUGCACGUCGCCAUCACCGGCGUCGCCGGCCACGGGGAAUGCUCCGCCGCCGUGCCGCUCGUGCGGCCUUGGCGAGCCGGAGGCGGCCGCCGCGGGACGACGGCGAGGAGAGAGUCCAACGCCGGGUGCGACGGGCAUCCGUCGACGCCCACGGCCGAGUCGUCGGGGGGCUGCUGCUGUCGCGGCCGCCGGAGUCGCCGCUCCUCGGCGGCCGAGUCGCUCGACGGCAGGCCGAGCCUGGAGUGCCUGCGCGAGUACACGGCCCGGCCGGACAUUGAGGCCCUGAUCCGCGAGCCCGUCGAGCAGGCCUGGGGCGAGACGGCAGUGGCCGUCUGUGGCGGAAAGGAGCUCGUCGCGCGCACCCGCAACUGCGUCGCGAAGCUGAGCGACGAGCGUGCCGUGCACAAGGGAACCGGCGCCCAGGGCAUCUACCUGCACGUCGAGGAGUAUGCCUUUUGA